AUGGCAACAACAUCACCAUAUCCAGCAGCCGUACCCCCACCAGGCCCCUCAAGCACAACGCCCAACUCAAGCUUCGCCUUCCCACCCCACUACUCGUUCCCGCCCUUCUUCACCCUGCAACCCGUCGCCAGCACCCGCAGCUCGCAGCUCGCGUCAUGGUCGUCGCUCAUCCAAUCGUACUGCCGACACAACCGCAUCUUCAGCCUUACACUCAUCGACGCGCUCAACACGCCGCUCUUCAACAACACACGGCUGCACCGCAGUCUGUCGCUGCGCGACGCCAAAGCCAUAAUCAGCUACAUGGCCUCGGCGGAAGGCGGCAACCGCGCAGAAUUCAUGGGCACAUCCAAGAAAGCCGCUGCCGCCGCCGACGCCGACGGCGGCAAAGCAUGGAUCUACUGGCGGCGGCCCGACGAGUGGGCGGUGCUGCUGGAAGAAUGGGUCGAGCGCACCGCGCAAAAGGGCACCGUGCUCACGCUGUAUGAGAUUGUCGAGGGCGACGCCUCGACCAAGGAGGAGUUUUACGGUAUGGAUGCCGAGUUGUUGCAGAAGAGCCUCGCUGUGUGUGUUAAGAGGGGGCGUGCGCAGGUGUUUGGCAGUGGGGGCGAGGGCGAGGGCGUCAAGUUUUUCUGA